GCGGCGCGGCGCGGGGGCGGUCGGAGGGGCGGGGCCGGGGCUGGCCUCGCCUAUGGGCGUGGCGCGGGGCUUGCUGGACGUGGCGGCGGGCCAAUGGGGCGGCGGGGCGUGGUCGGGCCGUGCGCGGCAGCGGCGGCGGGCGGCGGCGGGGCGCAGUGCGUGGGGCGCAGCGGCGCGGAGCGCAGCGGGGCGCCGCGGCCGCCUCCCUGGCUGCGUGGGGCGGUCGCUCACCCGCGCCCUCCCUUUGUGCUUGUCUCUCCCCGCCGCCAUGCCGCGCCGCGCCGCGCCCGCUCCGCUGUGGCCCGGCGGCCUCCGCCCGCGCCGCUGAAGCAGCAGCAGCAGCAGCAGCAGCAGCAGGAGGAGGAGGAGGAAGCCGCGAGGAGCCGGAGGGGGCGGCCCGCCCGCCGCCCCAUGCCGCGGCCCCGUCCCGCCGCCCGCCCGCCUGCGCCCUGCAUGGACGGGCAUGGGGAGCGCAGCGCCCUCCCGCGCCGCCGGGGCUGAGCCGCCGCCGCGCCGCCGCCCGCCGCCCGCCGCCCUCGGCCUGCUCGCCGCCCUGGGGCUGCUGCUGCGCGCAGGUGACUGCCAGCUGCAAGCACACUGUCGAAUCCAGAAGUGCACCACAGACUUUGUGUCCUUAACUUCACAUCUAAACCCUGCUCUCGAUGGCUUUGACUUGGAGUUCUGCAAAGCCCUGAGGGCAUACUCCGCCUGCACCUACCGCAACUCCAAAGUAUGCCGGGGAGACCUCGUCUACCACUCUGCGGUGCUCGGCAUCAGCGACCUCAUGGGCCAGAGAAACUGCUCCAAGGAUGGACCCACAUCCUCCACCAACCCUGAGGUGACCCAUGAUCCCUGCCACUACAGUGGCCACGCAGGAGCCAGGGACCACCAGGGAGGGGAGCAGACUGCUCCUCCUACUUACCUGUUUUGUGGCUUGUUUGGUGAUCCUCAUCUGAGGACUUUUAAGGAUCACUUCCAGACGUGCAAAGUGGAAGGGGCUUGGCCUCUCAUAGACAAUAACUACUUAUCAGUGCAAGUGACGAAUGUGCCUGUGGUCCCAGGAUCCAGUGCUACUGCUACAAAUAAGAUAACUAUUAUCUUUAAAUCGUACCAAGACUGUACAGAUCAGAAGGUGUAUCAGGCAGUGACUGAUGACUUACCUGCAGCCUUUGUGGAUGGCACAACAAGCGGAGGUGAUGGGAACACCAAGAGCCUGCGAAUUGUGGAGAAAGUCAGCGGCAAAUACGUCGAGAUGCAUGCCAGGUACAUUGGGACCACGGUGUAUAUACGCCAGCUUGGACGCUACUUAACACUGGCCAUCCGCAUGCCUCAAGAGUUGGCUAUGGCCUACGAGGAGAGUCAGGACCUGCAGCUGUGUGUGAAUGGUUGCCCGUCAAGUGAACGUAUCGAUGACAGCGGCCACUUGCCACUGCCUGUGAUGGGGCAGUUACUCCCCCAGUCAGGCACUACUCAUCCCCGCUCAGUGUACACACUGGAAACUGCCACCACCAAAUGCCAUGAGAAGAUGCUGGUGAAGGACAUCUAUUUUUACUCGUGUGUGUUUGACCUACUCACCACUGGUGACGCUAACUUCACGGCUGCUGCUCACAGUGCCUUGCAGGAUGUGGAGGCAUUGCACCCCAGAAAAGAGCGCUGGCAUAUCUUUCCCAGCAACGGAGGUGGUGGUGUGAGCAAGGGUAGCAAAUUGUUUGUCAGUCUUGGACUUGUGUGCUUGAUCCUUGUUGCGUUUUUGUAGGGUUUUUUGUCUAUAACAAAGUUUUGAAAUAUAUAUUGUCAUAAUAUAUUGAGUAAAGAUGAGUAUAUAUGUAUAUACCAUGUAUAUGAAGGGAUGUUUUGUCUUGGGACACCCACCAGAUUGUACAUAUUGUGUUACCGUUUUCAUGUAUGUUGGAUGUAGUGUUCUUUGUAUCUAUUUGUUUUGCAGUUGGUGAAAUGUUUUAUAAUGUCCCUGCAUUGGGACCUGAUAGAAAGCACUUUAUUUUUUAUAUAUUAAAUAUUUAUGUGUGUAUCUGAGUAACUAUGUAUUAUACCUAUACACAUGUACAUACAGUACCCAGUGCUCCCUCUAAGUACUACUUUGUUUUAAAAAAAUUUUAUUAUAUUAAUGGAUUUUUUUUCCCCCUAGCCUUCCUCUUACUGUAGAGAUUAGCACCUCUUUUUUCCUACAGUCAUGCUGGUGAUUUGUUGCAUUCUCUAGUUAAAACCAAUGAAGAAUGAAAUCUUAUUCUGUCCCUUAAACAAAUGCUCCUUCCUUCUUUGGAGGGAGCUCAAAAGACCAUCUUAUAUAACUCUCCUUCUGCUAUGCUCAGCAUUUAUGCUGCAGAGACGUGAAAUACAAAACCACCUUUGUAAUCCUGACAUAUUCUAAUUCUAUAGAUUUUUCAAAUGAAGACAAGUACUUACACCAUCCCUCUGUGAAUGCAGUGGAGUGAGACUUGCAUAGCUUUAUAGAAGUACUGGAGAGUUGACUUCUAAAGAUACUUAAAUUGUCUACUUCUUUUAACUUUAGAAAGGGUUAGGUAACUUUCUCAUAUCCUCUUCAAAAAAAUUAUUGCAGCAGUCCUACCUGUAAGAGUAGUUAAGUUAUUCUGUAAGUUGGACUGGAGAAAUCACAUGCCCUUGUUUAGGUUUUAAUACUACUUAUACAUUAAAAGGGGAGAUGAGCCCCUAGGCUCUGAAAUGCUCUUACUGAGGGACUAGGAGAAAAUUGCUUCAUUGGCCUAAAGGUUGGUUCUACCUAGUGCCUUAAGAAAUGGGAGCCUUAAUACAUACAAAAAUAAGCCUCCUUUCCCCCAGUUCCAAAAUGGCCUUAUUCCACCCUUAAAAGUGUUCAUCUGAGACUGAUUGGUCUCUGAUAUGUUAGGUCUGUUUUCUGAAUGAGGCUAAAAUUGCACUUGCUUUCGUUAAGCAAACUUGAGCUAGUGUUUGCUGUAGUGGAGGGAGAUGGAGUUUAUCCAUGGAGUGUAUUUUUACAAAGACUAUUCUGGCUGGGUUAGGGACUGUUGACUGUUAAGGACAGCAGUAGUCUUUUCUCAGAACAACUAAUUAAUUGCCGAUUUGGAUGGGUAAUUGCAUAAUACGUUGAUCUGGAAAAAACAUUAGAAGAAAAUAGCCUGAGCUGAGUUAAGGUUGAAGAUAGCGUUUUAUUCUAGGCUAGACCGUAGGUAUCUCUUUGGGCAGCUUGUUCUGUCUGUGCCAUCUGAUGAUGCUGUUUCAGAUGAGUUAGACUUGUGGAUAUACGCUGUGUCUGGUAAUGUGGUUCCUGCUGCUUCACCUGAUGUGGUGAGGAGAUUCUCCCUAUUCUUUGUGUGGCUGGACUUCCUCAGUGGUGCACUGAAUUUAAAGAUCUUAUGGCUGAAAGCCGGUGGAGAAGCCUAGCAUUGCAGCGCUGAUGUACACACUUAACACGUAGGCACCAAUUGCUAGUUAAUUUCCUCUGUCUGUGGAUCCCAUGAAUAUAUAUAUAUACUUAUAUAUAUGUAUACUAGCAUUGAAUUGUGAGCCCCUCAGAUAAGUAAUAUUUCAGAAAUGUAGUACUUCCUCUUAAAAGUUUUCAUUUUCUUGUUCCUGCUGUGGGAUUUCUUGAGAAAAUGUUAUUUGCACAUGUUCGUUCUUGAAGUCUACCAUAGCCAAGAGAGCUUUAGUUAAUGCCAAACAUGUGGAUAUUUUGAAGCUAGUGAAUGGUCUCUGGGGAGAACUUAAGCUUAGAGGGAACACUGGUUUUCACAGACACUCCGAAUGGCUGUCUUUUAGAAGGCUGCAGAUUUUAUUUUCGUGCUUGGAAACCCCACAAUGUGUCAGUCUUUGCAAAACCUUUUAGAUGUGGUUCAUGAAUAUACCAGUAAGUAUAUGUUUGUGUAAAAGAGUGACUGUGCAGUGUGUAAAUACUUUAAAUUAUUACGAUAGAAGAAUAAAGUUGCCUACCCCGCUGA